GCCGUGGUAGAAGAUACAUUUAGGAUGGUGAUCACUCUUCAAUGAACGGCAUCAAAAUCAUGCAUCAUGAUGACACCCACCCACGGUAAGAACGAGUCACAGAGAAUAAUUACCCUCCCUGCAAAACUUAGCUCAUACGGUAGCAUAGCAUUUGGCUUUGGCUUUGGCUUUGGCUUUUGAUUUCCAAGAAAGAAACCCAAAAGCCACACUCACAUUCUUCAUUUCAAUCCUCAAAACCCUAUUCUCUCACUCUUCUUCUUCCUAAACGCUUCCAAAUUUCAUCAAUGGCUUCCUCCAGUAAACGCCCUGCUCCAACCGGGAUUUUGCCUGAAGAAGGACGCAAAAAACUUAAACUGUCAAGUGAUAGCUUGCCAUGUUUAACACAUGGUGAUGUUGUAGAUUACAGCAGUCCGUAUGCAAUUUCAAAUGUUAUAAAUCGCUUAGAGAGUGGAAAAUUUGGAAGUGUGACAAAAAAUAUUGAAGACCUUAUAACCCAGAAAAUGCAAAUAUUGGGCCCUUACUUUGCAAAAUGUCCUAGACUUGUUAAUCAACUAUUGAGAGUGGUGACAGAUCAUGAUGAAGAAACUCCCAACAUGGAAAAUAAGAACGUUAAUGGUUUGCAACAUGAUAAUGUCAUAGAUUUGGAUUCGGACGGGGAGCACACUGAAAAGGAUAUUUUGGCACCAAAAAGAGGAUAUAAUGUUACUGCAGUACCAUUUAUCAUUGAUUCAGAUGAGGAGGAUGAUAAGGAUCAUGGUCAUGAUACUGUUCCAACAGAUCAUGAUGAAGAAACUCCCUACAUUGAAAGUGAAAAAGCUGCUGGUAUGUCCUAUGAAAAUGUUACCAUUGAUUCAAAUGAGGAAGAUGAUAGGGAUCAAAAAAAGGAUAUUUUGGCACCGAAAAGAGAAAAUGAUGUUCCUCCAGCACCAUUUCAUGAAGUCAUUAUCAUCGAUUCAGACGAAGAAGAUGAUAGGGAUCAUGAUGAAGAAACUCCCAACAUGGAAAAUGAAAAAGUUACUGGUUUGUCCUGUCAAAAUGUUAUCAUCGAUUCAGAUGAGGAAGAUGAUAGGAAUCAUGAUGAAGAAACUCCCAACAUGGAAAAUGAGAAAGUUACUGGUAUGUCCUGUCAAAAUGUUAUCAUUGAUUCAAAUGGGGAAGAUGACAGAGAUCAAACUUCUUUUCUUCCAUUUCAUGAAGUUGCAUUGCCAAAACCAGUUCAGUCUCCUGCAUUAGAAAUGAUUGGAUAUCAUGAUCCCAAUGCUUACCAUGGAGAACAUGCAGAUCUAAAAUUUGAAACAAGUCUGCUUCCUAAAGAUAACUCAAAGAAAGACAAAGGUAAUUAUGUUGGAGUACAUGUGGAAGAAGAUAAUAAGGAAUUGGAAACAAGUCUGUCUCCUGAAGAUAACACAAAGAAAGACAAAGGUGUUUAUGUUGGUGUAAGUGAGGAAGAAGAUAACAAGGUUGAUACUGAAGAUGACGGGCUAGAAGAUGUUUGGAGGGAGAUGGCAAUGGCAAUGGAAACUUCUAAAGAUGUUUCUGCAGAUCAACCACCCGAAGAAGAGGAAAAUGACGCUGACUGUGAUCAUUCUUUCAUUUUAAAAGACGAUCUUGGUUAUGUUUGUCGCGUUUGUGGGGUUAUUGACAGAGGAAUUGAAACCAUAUUUGAAUUCCAAUACAAGGUUAAAAAGAGCACAAGAACUUAUAUGUCUGAAUCAUGGAAUGCCAAAGAAAAAGCUGAUAUAUUUGGAGUUAAGAUUGCUAAAGAUGAUCUCUCAGUAACUGAAAUAUCAGCACAUCCUCAACAUGCAAAUCAAAUGAAACCGCACCAAGUCGAAGGAUUCAAUUUUCUUGUCAGCAACCUGGUGGGAGACCAUCCUGGGGGAUGCAUUCUGGCUCAUGCUCCAGGAUCUGGAAAGACAUUCAUGGUUAUCAGUUUCAUACAGAGUUUUCUAGAGAAGUAUCCCGAUGCACGACCUCUCGUGGUGCUUCCUAAGGGAAUACUAUCAACUUGGAAAAAGGAGUUUCUGACAUGGCAAGUGGAAGAUGUACCGCUUUAUGAUUUUUACAGUGUGAAGGCUGACAGUAGAUCACAACAAUUGGAAGUCUUAAAACAGUGGGUGGAUAACAAGAGUAUCCUUUUCUUAGGAUACCAACAGUUUUCGUCCAUUAUUUGUGAUAACUGUAGUAACAAUACAUCAAUAUCUUGCCAAGAUAUAUUGCUUAAGAAACCAUCAAUUCUCAUUUUAGAUGAGGGACACACUCCUAGGAACGAGAAUACGGAUACGGUACAGUCCCUCGCAAAAGUACAAACACCAAGAAAAGUUGUUUUGUCCGGAACUUUAUAUCAAAAUCAUGUCAAGGAGGUAUUUAACGUGCUUAACCUUGUCCGCCCAAAGUUUAUAAAGAUGGAAACGUCUAAACCUAUUGUCCAACGCAUUAGGAGUAGGAUCCAUUUACCUGGUGUGAAAGACUUCUGUGAUUUGGUUGAAAACACUUUGCAGAAGGACCCGGAUUUUAAAAGGAAAGUAGCUGUUAUACAUGAUUUGCGGGAGAUGACCAGCAAGGUACUGCACUAUUAUAAAGGCGAUUUUCUUGAUGAGCUUCCUGGCUUAGUUGAUUUUACUGUGGUGCUCAAUAUGACACCCAGACAGAAGCAUGAAGUUAAGACAAUAAAGAGGGUAUUUAGAAAGUUCAAGGCUUCUUCUGUAGGUAGUGCUGUAUACCUGCACCCAGACUUGAAACCAAUUGCAGAGAAGUGUAGUGAAAAUUCUAUAUCUGAGCAUACAAUGGAUGAUUUAAUAGCGAACCAAGAUGUGAGAGACGGGGUGAAAUUAAAAUUCUUUCGCAAUAUGCUGAAUCUAUGCCAAUCAGCUGGGGAGAAGCUUUUGGUAUUCAGUCAAUAUCUCUUGCCUCUAAAAUAUUUGGAAAGGUUAGCUAUGAAAUGGAAGGGCUGGAGUCUUGGAAAAGAAAUUUUUGUAAUUUCAGGAGAAUCGUCCACUGAACAAAGGGAGUGCUCCAUGGAAAAAUUCAACAAUUCACCCGAGGCCAAAAUCUUUUUUGGGUCAAUCAAAGCAUGUGGUGAGGGUAUAUCAUUGGUUGGAGCAUCCCGUGUCAUCAUCUUAGAUGUGCACCUCAACCCGUCUGUUACUCGUCAAGCUAUUGGCCGUGCUUUCCGACCAGGCCAGAAAAGGAAAGUGUUUGUGUAUCGAUUGAUAGCUGCUGAUUCUCCAGAAGAGGAAGAUCACAGUACUUGUGUCAAGAAGGAAUUAAUUUCGAAAAUGUGGUUUGAAUGGAAUGAAUAUUGUGGUGACAAAGCUUUUGAAGUUGAGACAGUUGAUGUGAAGGAAUGUGGUGAUAUGUUUCUAGAAAGUCCAUUGUUAGGGGAAGAUGUAAAAGCCCUGUAUAAAAGGUAAUCUGUGGGCAUGCAAUGUAGUACUUCAGUUGGCAAUUUUUUUGGUUCUUAUAUCAGUGAACAGUUUUAGCAUUUUAUCUAGAUUCAGAGAGUUGCCUGAUUGAAUUGGUUGUCUAACUUGUAUUAUAAAUAUUGAAUAUCUACAAUUUCCAUAUUUUGGCUUGUAAUUUGAGUACAGUGCAAAAGAAUGGAAGCACGGUUAGCCAAUUGAGAGCAGCAGCCCUGAAUAA